AUGAUUUCCAUUCAGUCAUGGUUUUUAUUGGUUUUGUUAUGGGUGCAUUCGGGUACUUCUUCCAACCAACCGGAAGACGAAACACGGGUCGUUAAAGGUGAAAAUGCUCUACUUGGACAAUUUCCGUAUCAGGUUCUGCUUAUUAUACGGCUAAACGAUGGCAAAGGUGCUCUUUGUGGAGGUACUUUAAUUAGCGACGAAUGGGUUCUCACCGCUGGCCAUUGCGUACAAGAUGCCAAAUCUUUCAACAUAACUCUGGGAGCGAUUGACCUGAAACAACAAUCCCCCGAUGGACGUGUAGUAGUAAGCUCAUCAGUGUACAUUCGACAUGAAAAUUAUCAAGCCGGAUCCGCUACCAAUGAUGUCGCUGUGAUAAAACUUCCCUCGAAGAUUACACUAACUGACUUCAUCCAACCAGCGAAACUACCAGACGGAAAUGACAGCUAUUAUGAACAGGAGGUUAUUGUUAGCGGAUUCGGGCAGCAAAAGGACAAUGGAUCUGUGACUCAGAAGCUUCAGUACGCUAAGCUGGUCGUCAUCCUAAACGCAGAAUGCAUGCUGGUGUAUGGACCGUUUGCCAUCAAGUCGACCAAUAUUUGCGCCUGGGAUCGGAACGGUGCAUCUGCAUGCCAUGGAGACUCGGGGGGCCCACUUGUGCUCGCAUCCGAUCACACCUUAGUUGGUGUCGUAAGCUUCGGCAAUGUACUGGGCUGUGAGAAACGGCUACCGGUGGCUUACUCUCGUGUUACCAAGUUCAGAGAUUGGAUCAGGGCGCAUACUGGUGUUUGAGGCAUUGAUCGAUCCCAAAGUCGAU